CACUGCAUUUUCGGUGAAAACUGAAAAGAAACAGAGUCGAAUUUUUAAAAAUUUCUAAUCACUAAAAAUUAAAAAUUGCUACGUUUGUGUAAACUGUAAAGAAUUGAUAUAAUUAUUAUGAAGUGAACAGAGUUUUUAGUGCCGGUGAAAAGUGAUCGUUCCAUCGCGUCGAUAGAUCAGGUACAGUCCACAAUUGGUAAUUAAUUUCGUUUCGGUGCAACCGGUAUAAUGGCUUCAACGGUGCAACAAACUAGCAAUGCAAUCACGCUAAAAGGAUCUAUAAAACUGAUCACCGACUACUUGAAUUACGGUAUAAACAGUAUUUUAUUUCAACGUGGCAUUUAUCCGCCUGAAUCGUUCAAAGCUGAACAACAUUUUGGAUUAUCCAUUUUGAUAUCCACCGAUUCUAAAAUACAAACCUUUUUACAAACGGUUUUUGAUCAAAUGAAAGAAUGGAUAAUGAAAGAACAAGUUCAAAAAUUGUCUCUCGUGAUAAGUAAUAUAAAUACCAAGGAAACGUUGGAAAGGUGGGAUUUCAAAAUCGAAUACGAAGUUUCGAGCAAGGAUGGCGCCGAAGAAGUAUCCGGAAAAAAGGACCUUCAAUUAAUUCAGAAAGAAAUCAGAGAUGUUUUACGUCAAAUUUGUUCAACCGUUAGUUUUUUACCAUUGUUGGAUUGCCCGUGUUCGUUUGAUUUACACAUUUACGCGACUCCGGAAGCAGAAAUACCAGAACAGUGGGACGAAAGAGGCCCUUGUUUCAUUUCCAAUUCCGAGGAACUUCAACUCAAGUCAUUCUCAACUUCCGUUCAUCGCAUGAAUACCGUCGUCAGCUAUAAAGCCGAUUGAUAACUAAUAAACCUUUUCGUCGGUGUACUUUUUGUCGCCGAGUCGUAAUACGUUUCAUCGACUUUAAUUUUGCUCGUCUUUUCCGCGGUUGUAUUACUCGUAUAUUUUUCUCGCCAGUCUGUAGAUAUAGAGAGUGAUCCCAAUUGAUCGUAUAUUAAUUUUGUUAUACAUAUUUAUACCGUACUACCUUAUUUUACUUGUAUUUUGUAACCUCGUUCGGUUCGAGUUAGCCGUUUUGUAAAAAAAAAAAAAUUCUAUUUUAAUAUAGGUAGGUACUUAUCGCUGCGGAUAUUCUGCUUCGUUGUACGCGUCGGUUAAUAUUUUACGUUAAUAAAGUGUCAUUUCGUCGCUUAA